AGUGGCGGACGCGAGGCCGAGAGCCGGGCGCCUCCUCCUCUCUCCCCAGGACGGGCGGGGGCGUAGGGCCCGGCGAGGGCAGGGCUGCCUGGGGGAGGGAGGAGGCGGGCGCCGCGUCCGCGAAGAGCAGCGGAGCCGGCGGUAGACCGGGAGCGCAGGCAACGCGGCUGCUUCUCACAAGCGGCUCCGCGGGCGGGGACACCCCGCGCGCCAGCUCCGGGGCCCCCGCCCCCUCCCGGUCUCCGCCUCCUUCCCUCACACACCCCCCCAGGGCCGUUCGAGCCCCAGGCCUUCCCUGCGCUCCUCCUCCUUCUCCUUACACUCGCCCUCCAGACCGGGUACUCCGGCUGCCAGCCUGCCUUGCUCCCUCAGGGAGCGAGUCCUCGUUCUCAGGCUCUCCUUUCACACACACAUUCACACGCACACGCGCGCGCUCUCGCUGGGCCGCCCCCUCCACUGCGGCCCCCCCUCCCCCGUCCUUGCUAACGCCGCCGUCGGGGGAGAAUUGAUGUCCCUUCAGCAUCAUGCAGCCGCCGCCGAGGAAGGUGAAAGUUACACAAGAACUGAAAAACAUUCAAGUUGAGCAGAUGACAAAACUUCAAGCCAAGCAUCAAGCAGAAUGUGAUUUGCUUGAAGAUAUGAGGACAUUCAGUCAGAAGAAGGCUGCUAUUGAAAGAGAAUAUGCACAGGGUAUCCAGAAGUUGGCUAGUCAAUAUCUGAAGAGAGAUUGGCCUGGAGUAAAAGCUGAUGAUCGGAAUGAUUACAGGAGCCUGUAUCCUGUUUGGAAAUCUUUUCUCGAGGGAACAUUGCAGGUUGCCCAGUCGCGAAUCAAUAUAUGUGAAAACUAUAAAAACUUCAUUUCUGAGCCUGCAAGGACAGUGAGAAGCUUAAAAGAACAACAACUAAAAAGGUGUGUGGACCAGUUGACAAAGAUCCAAACUGAAUUACAAGAGACAGUGAAAGAUUUAGCUAAAGGCAAAAAGAAGUACUUUGAGACUGAACAGAUGGCUCAUGCAGUACGGGAGAAAGCUGACAUCGAGGCCAAAUCUAAACUUAGUCUUUUUCAAUCAAGAAUCAGUUUACAGAAAGCAAGUGUAAAGUUAAAAGCCCGACGAUCUGAGUGUAAUUCUAAAGCUACUCAUGCCAGGAAUGAUUAUCUUCUUACAUUAGCAGCUGCAAAUGCACAUCAGGAUCGCUACUAUCAAACAGAUUUAGUUAACAUUAUGAAGGCUCUUGAUGGAAAUGUGUAUGAUCACCUUAAAGAUUAUUUAAUAGCCUUCAACCGGACUGAGCUAGAGACAUGCCAAGCUAUGCAGAACACAUUCCAAUUUUUAUUAGAAACUUCUAACAAGGUGGUUCGAGACUAUAAUCUUCAGCUGUUUUUACAAGAGAAUGCUGUAUUUCACAAACCCCAGCCUUUCCAGUUCCAGCCUUGUGACAGUGAUACUAGCCGACAAUUAGAAUCAGAAACUGCAACCACAGAGGAACACAGUCUAAACAAGGAGGCUCGGAAAUGGGCCACGCGGGUGGCACGGGAGCACAAAAACAUUGUUCAUCAACAACAGGUUUUAGAUGAGCUGGAAUGUCAUGGAGUUGCUGUAUCAGAACAAAGCCGAUCAGACCUGGAACAGAAAAUAGAUGAAGCUAGAGAAAAUAUUCGUAAAGCAGAGAUAAUAAAGUUGAAAGCUGAAGCCCGGCUGGACCUGCUGAAACAGAUUGGUGUUUCUGUGGACACCUGGCUAAAGAGUGCAAUGAAUCAAGUGAAUGAAGAACUGGAAAAUGAGCGGUGGGCCCGCCUUCCUGCAGUAACCAAUAAUGGCACUUUACACUCGCUUAAUGCAGAUACUGAAAGAGAAGAAGAGUUUGAAGACAACAUGGAUGUUUUUGAUGACAGCAGUUCCAGCCCUUCUGGCACCUUAAGAAAUUAUCCACUCACCUGCAAAGUUGUUUACUCCUACAAGGCUUCUCAACCAGAUGAGUUGACCAUUGAGGAACAUGAGGUGUUAGAAGUGAUUGAAGAUGGAGAUAUGGAAGACUGGGUAAAGGCUCGAAAUAAAAUUGGCCAAGUGGGUUAUGUUCCAGAAAAGUACCUACAAUUUCCCACCUCGAACAGCCUACUGAGCAUGCUGCAGUCCCUGGCUGCUUUGGACAGUCGGUCACACACAUCCAGCAAUUCCACGGAAGCUGAACUCAUUUCAGGCAGCCUCAACGGAGAUGCCAGUGUCUGUUUUGUGAAAGCACUUUAUGACUAUGAGGGCCAGACAGAUGAUGAAUUAUCUUUUCCUGAGGGAGCAAUCAUCCGUAUCUUGAACAAAGAAAACCAAGAUGAUGAUGGCUUCUGGGAAGGGGAAUUCAGUGGGCGAAUUGGAGUUUUCCCAUCUGUGCUAGUAGAAGAACUUUCAGCCUCAGAAAACGGUGACACUUCAUGGAUGAGAGAGAUUCAGAUCUCUCCUUCCCCCAAGCCUCAUGGUUCCCUGCCUCCACUGCCUUUGUAUGACCAGCCUCCCAGCAGCCCUUACCCCAGUCCAGAUAAGAGGAGUUCCCAGUACUUCCCCCGGUCUCCUUCAGCAAAUGAAAACAGCUUCCAUUCCGAAUCUCCAGGAUUCUCACAGGCACCAAGGCAUACUCCUGAGACCUCGUAUGGCAAACUGCGACCUGUCCGGGCAGCUCCCCCUCCACCUACACAGAACCACCGAAGGCCUGCAGAGAAGAGUGAGGAUGUGGAAAUCACUCUGGUGUGAUGACGGGUUAGCCUGUCCAUGACUGCUACAAUCAAGGCCAGGCUUGGAGUUUGGCCAGUCUUGUUUUUAAGGCACCUUUGCAUGAUGAUGACUCUUGAACAGAGCAAACCCAAGGAGGACUGUAUGUGAUUGGGUGGCCUGGUGGACUCCUCCUACAUUUAUGAAUAUUUUGUGCCUUUUUCUUGUCAUUUUCUAUGUCAUCUGUCCUACCAUAGCACAAAUUCCGGCAGGCCCCAGAAGCAGAGAGGGGCAGCCAGUGGCCAGUUUUUAUAUUAGACUCAAGACCAGGCUUCGUUCCAGGGCACAGUCACAGAUACUGAUCAUGUGCACGUGUACAGUAUAUUACUGUGGCCACAAAGAUGUGGCAACGAUUCUCAUCUUUCUUCAAGUGGCUUUUGCUCAUCUGAUUAAGUAUUAAUCAGAUCAUGUUGGCGACAAAAGGGAACAGGAGGGAUUUCAGGAGAAACUGGCUCCUUACCGCAGUUAGUGCCCAGAGAAACUGAAACUUGGAAGUGAAUUGCCCUGAAUUUAGCGCCAAUUGCAUUAAUGCACAUCUCUUCCACAACUAACAGAUUUAAAACAAUAACAGUGUCUUUUGUAUUAAUAUUUAUGCCAUUCAUUUAGUAUUAGUGGAGCUAAUAUGGAGGGGCUGGACUAGUAGCCACAUCUUGUCCAUCACAUAGAUUAAUAGAAAGGAGGCUAUGGCUAAAACAGAAAUGGAGCUUCCAGGUCUGAAAUGAGCCGAUUUAAUGUUCUUUUGUAUUUGGGUAUUUUUCACCUUAGUUUUUGCAGCAUAUACUCUUCUGACUCCAGCCAGUACACUUAGAAUCUGAAUGUCUAGAUAAGUUGAACUUCUCCAGAGAGGCCCCUAGUAUUAUUUUAUUCCCAAGCCAGUACACUGUCCCAGGUAGUGGUUGGUCCAACCAGCUGCUACCCACUGUGGAAAACGCCAUUUUCCAGAUCCCACUGACUUGAAGAAGAACCUGUGGGCUCAUGGAGGAAACCAGUUUCCUUUGAAAAAGGACAAAGGGACUGCACACCACGCACAAAUGCAAACUGAUGAUGAAAAGCCAAGUUCUCCAUGUCACAGGGAGAACCAGAAGUAGCUUUCUCAGCAAACUAGUGAGCCCACAGAAGCUGGUCAGAACCUUUAACAGAUGUCCCACCUCCUAUGGAGUAUAGGGAAGGCAUUACCUAGGGACUAAGGGAUAGUUGCCAGAUGCUUUUGUAUUUUUUUAAGAAAUCAGACAAAUUUGCAGAUUUUAAUUCAAAAGUUGUAUGCUUUGAAAAAUCCAUCCCUCCUAGAAAUCUCUAAAACUUGAAAUGCUCGCCAAAUAUCCCCAUGGGAUUUUUGACCAAAAUAAGGUCAAAGUUGAAGAAAUUUUCAGUUAGUCAUUUUGAUCACUUCAAUACCUAUUGAUGAAUCUUCUCUGUGAUUUGGAUUGUGUUUUGUUUUUUUGUAUCUCUUAACCUGUUGAUCUAUUGAGGUCUGCUUAUGUUUAUCAAACUUAUUGUUAAGUUAAAAAAGAAAUUAAAAGGCUGUUGUUGUUUUUUUUAAGAUUUAAAAGUUUGCCGGCAAGUUGUUAAAAAUUUUCAGUGAGUGCUUAAAACAAGUUCUUGCCACCCAGUCUCAUAUUCUCUCUUUAGCUAGCCAAAUUGUCCUUGAGUUUGGGUUUUCCACAUUCUCAGAAGGUUAUUUGAAAUCUUUUGUUAUAUUCUUACAUAUUUUUUGGAAGAGCUGCUAAUUUUAUUUUAAAAAAACAAAGUUGUAAAAAAAAAAAUGCCUCCAUUUAAAAAAUAAGCCCUCCGUCCAGGAUACGUAAUCCAGCAUUCACACUGCACAGGGCCAGGCUUGGAGGGUGUGCCUCUGUGCAGAUGUGCUUUCUUUACAGUGGCUGUAAAAAGUUUGUAUUUAUUAUGUAUAAAAUGUUGAAUAAUAAAAAAGUGUAAUUAAG